AUGUGUCUCCCCGCAGCAGCGGCGGCUGCAGCAGCAGCAGCAGCAGCAGCAACUGCAGCAGCAGCAACUGCAGCAGCAGCUCAGCCGCCGCUCCUCAACCCAGCACCCCAGACACCCCUCCUCCUCCUCCCCCAGCCUUCCCCCAACGACCCCGACUUUACACCAACAACGCCAACACCAACACCACCUCCAGCAGCAGCAGCAGCAGCAGCAGCAGCAGCAGCAGAUGGUGGAGUGGCUGCAGCAGCGUCGCAGCAAGUGGGGAGUAGUCUGCGUUCCUGCAGCAGCGAAGAAGAGGAGUCCAGAACAGCAGCAGCAGCAGCAGAAGGAGAUGCAGAUGGAGACGGCGGCUCGAAGCUGGAACCCCAGGAAUCCCCCCAGCAGCAGCAGCAGCAGCAGCAGCAGCAGCAGCAGCAGGAAGCCGAGUCCCUGUGGCCUGCUGCUGCUGCUGG